AUGUAAACAUUAUUCAACUGGCAUUAUCUCUGUGGCCUUCCACAGAGACCAUCUACAAUGCAUAUGUAAUGUUCAGCAGUAGUUAGUCCAAUACAUGUCGUUGUUGCACUACGGUAGUGGGAAACAGGAAGUUCCGGGUUGCCUGCCACCAUUCUUCGGAGUAAAGAAAACAACAGAACGGUGUUGUGAGUUUCGUUUUAUUACUACAGGCCAACUCCGAUUAUGUCUGAGGCCGGUAACAUCAAAAGUGAGGACAAACCCAAUCUACAGUCACUGGGUCCUGAUUGUGACAGUGGAGCCCAGUUUGCACUGCAGGAUCCAGAAAUGGCAUCAGUGAAGCUGGAAGACUGCAGUCAAACACUGGAGCUGAAUGUCAACAUUAAAGAUGAAGAAGAGGAGGAGAAGAUUGGGGAAUCUGUUUACGAUGGAGACCAUGUUGAGACAUUCUCUACAUCCAGAGAGCAACAGCAGGAAGAUCACAGAGCUAAGAGGUCUCACCAAUGCCCACAUUGUGAGGAGAUUUUCCCAAUUCUAUCAAAGUUAAAAAUACACACAGGAGAUAAUCUGUAUUCCUGCACUGACUGUGGGAAGAGUUUCACAACAUCACAGGCUCUGACAGUUCAUCGGCGAGUGCACACUGGAGAAAAACCUUACUCCUGUUCUGACUGUGGGGAGAGUUUCUCGCAUCAGAGCAACUUAAAAACACACCAACGUAUACAUACAGGAGAGAAGCCUUACUCCUGCUCUGACUGUGGGGAGAGUUUCUCUCAACAGAGCAGCUUAAAAACACACCAACGUAUGCACACAGGAGAGAAGCCUUACUCCUGCUCUGCCUGUGGGAAGAGUUUCACCUCAUCAAGCAGCUUAAAAAAACACCAACGUGUACACACAGGAGAGAAGCCUUACUACUGCUCUGAUUGUGGGGCGAUUUUCUCUCAGCAGAGCAGCUUAAAGUCACACCAACUUAUACAUACAGGAGAGAAGCAUUACUUCUGCUCUGAUUGUGGAAAAUGUUUCACAAGAUCAGUUGAGCUAAGAGUUCAUCGGAGAACACACACAGGAGAGAAGCCUUACUGCUGCACUGACUGUGGGAAGAGUUUCUCUCAACAGGGCCACUUAAAAUGUCACCAGCGAAUACACACAGGAGAGAAGCCUUACUACUGCUCUGACUGUGGGAGGAAUUUUUUUCAACAGAGUGGCUUAAAGUCACACCAACGUAUACACACAGGAGAGAAGCCUUACGCGUGCUCUGACUGUGGGAAGAGUUUUUCAAAUCAGAGCAACUUAAAAACACACCAACGUAUACAUAAAGGAGAGAAGCCUUACUCCUGCUCUGACUGUGGGAAGUGCUUCACAACAUCAACUGAGCUAAAAGUUCAUCAAAGAAGACACACAGGAGAGAAGCCUUACUACUGCUCUGACUGUGGGAAGAGUUUCACCCGAUUGGCUACCUUAAAAACACAUCAAUGUAUCCGUAAAGGAGAGAAUUCACAUCACUUCUCUCAGACCAGCUAAGAUUAAAGUCACUCCAUCAAUUAAUCCUCAUCUCAUAAAAGAAGUGGUAACAUUAAGAUAGUGUUACUCUAUUGUAAUCAUAUUGUUUCUCACUGAGGGAACUGUGAAGAGGAAAGAGUGCGUUACAGAAUCAUGUCAUUGGAAAGUCUAUCCUUUUUUUAAUGCACCAUUUGCACAUGUGUUGAUGUUGUGGUGGUGCUGGAGAUGAUGAAUAUGAAGAAAUUUCCCUUUAAGACAAAACAAAAGGAGGGUGGUUGGUCGGGUGGAUAGAUGGGUCUGCAUAUAACAUGAACGUCUUGCAAACCAAAGGCAUAUAACAUGAACGUCUUGCAACCCAAAGGCAUAUAACAUGAACGUCUUGCAACCCAAAGGCAUAUAACAUGAACGUCUUGCAACCCAAAGGCAUAUAACAUGAACGUCUUGCGACCCAAAGGCAUAUAACAUGAACGUCUUGCGACCCAAAGGCAUAUAACAUGAACGUCUUGCAACCCAAAGGCAUAUAACAUGAACGUCUUGCAACCCAAAGGCAUAUAACAUGAACGUCUUGCAACCCAAAGGCAUAUAACAUGAACGUCUUGCAACCCAAAGGCAUAUAACAUGAACGUCUUGCAACCCAAAGGCAUAUAACAUGAACGUCUUGCAACCCAAAGGCAUAUAACAUGAACGUCUUGCAACCCAAAGGCAUAUAACAUGAACGUCUUGCAACCCAAAGGCAUAUAACAUGAACGUCUUGCAACCCAAAGGCAUAUAACAUGAACGUCUUGCAACCCAAAGGCAUAUAACAUGAACGUCUUGCAACCCAAAGGCAUAUAACAUGAACGUCUUGCAACCCAAAGGCAUAUAACAUGAACGUCUUGCAACCCAAAGGCAUAUAACAUGAACGUCUUGCAACCCAAAGGCAUAUAACAUGAACGUAUUGCAACCCAAAGGCAUAUAACAUGAACGUAUUGCAACCCAAAGGUUUCACGUUCGAAUCUCAUCAUGGACAAUUUUAGCAUUUGAACUAAUAAGCACCUUUUCCAACUACACUACAUGGACAAAAGUAUGUGUACACCUGCUCGUGGAACAUCUCAUUCCAAAAUCAUGGACCUUAAUAUGGACCUGGUCCCCCUUUUGCUGCUGUAACAGCCCCCACUCUUGUGGGAAGGCUUUCCACUAGAAGUUGUAACAUUGCUACGGGAACGUGCUUCCAUUCAGACACAAGAGCAUUAGUGAGGUUGGGCACUGAUGUUGGGUGAUUAGGCCUGGCUCGCAGUCGAUAUUCCAAUUCAUCCCAAAGGUGUUCGAUGGGGUUGAGAUCAGGGCUCUGUGCAGGCCAGUCAAGUUCUUUCAAACCGUUUUUGACACCAUUUCUGUAUGGACGUGUAUUUGUGCUCGGGGGUAUUGUCAUAUUGAAACAGGAAAGGGCCUUCCCCAAACUGGUGCCAAAGUUGGCAGCACAGAGUGAUCUAUAAUGUCAUUGUAUGCUGUAGCGUUAAGAUUUCCCUUCACUGGAACUAUGGAGCCUAGCCCGAACCAUGAAAAACAGCCCCACACCAUUAUUCCUCCACCAAACUUUACAGUUGGCACUAUGCAUUGGGGCUGGUAGCGUUUGCCUGGCAUUCACCAAACACAGAUUUUUCUGUGGGACUGCCAGAUGAUGAAGAGUGAUUCAUAACUCCAGACAACACGUUUACACUGCUUCAGAGUCCAAUAGCGGCGAGCUUUAUACCCCUCCAGCCAAUGCUUGGCAUUGCGCAUGGUGAUCUUAGUCUUGUGUGCGGCUACUCGGCCAUGGAAACCCAUUUCAUGAAGCUCCCGAUGAACAGUUCUUCUGCUGCUGUUGCUUCCAGAAGCAGUUUGGAACUCGAUAGGACAGGCGAUUUUUACGUGCUAAGCGCUUCAGCUCUCUGUGGUCCCGUUCUUUGAGCUUGUGUGGCUUACCACUUUGUGGUUGAGCCGUUGUUGCUCCUAGAUGUUUUCAUAAUAACAGCACUUACAGUUGAACAGGGCAGCUCUAGCAAGGAAGAAACAUGACGAACUGACUUGUUGGAAAAGUGGCAUCCUAUGACGGUGCCACAUUGAAAGUCACUGAGCUCUUCAGUAUCAGUAAGGCCAUUCUACUUCCAAUGUUUGUCUAUGGAGAUGGAGAUUGCAUGGCCGUGUGCUCGAUUUUAUACUCCUGUCAGCAACGGGUGUGGCUGAAGUAGCCAAAUCCACUAUUUUGUGUGUAUAUAUAGUGUACUUAGCAUGUUAAUUAAUGUUUGCAACAACAAAUUGGAAUUUGUAAAAUAUCAUACGCAUCGCAAAUUCGUAACAUAUUGUACGAAUUGUAAUUCAUACAUCUUAGAAAUCGUAUUACAUUCAUAGGCCAAUGUAACAUAACAUACUGUAUCAUACUAAAUUGAGUGGUAUGGUUUUGCUCUGACACCAAGUUCUCCCUCUGCAGUUCUCUGUUGGGAGUGAGCUAGUAGACACAUGUAUCAGAAAGAGAUGGUGUGAUGAUCAGUUCUCUGUGGGAAUGAGCUAGUAGACACAUGUAUCAGAUAGAGAUGGUGUGAUGAUCAGUUCUCUGUGGGAAUGAGCUAGUAGACACAUGUAUCAGAUAGAGAUGGUGUGAUGAUCAGUUCUCUGUGGGAAUGAGCUAGUAGACACAUGUAUCAGAUAGAGAUGGUGUGAUGAUCAGUUCUCUGUGGGAAUGAGCUAGGAGACACAUGUAUCAGAUAGAGAUGGUGUGAUGAUCAGUUCUCUGUGGGAAUGAGCUAGGAGACACAUGUAUCAGAUAGAGAUGGUGUGAUGAUCAGUUCUCUGUGGGAAUGAGCUAGUAGACACAUGUAUCAGAUAGAGAUGGUGUGAUGAUCAGUUCUCUGUGGGAAUGAGCUAGGAGACACAUGUAUCAGAUAGAGAUGGUGUGAUGAUCAGUUCUCUGUGGGAAUGAGCUAGGAGACACAUGUAUCAGAUAGAGAUGGUGUGAUGAUCAGUUCUCUGUGGGAAUGAGCUAGGAGACACAUGUAUCAGAUAGAGAUGGUGUGAUGAUCAGUUCUCUGUGGGAAUGAGCUAGGAGACACAUGUAUCAGAUAGAGAUGGUGUGAUGAUCAGUUCUCUGUGGGAAUGAGCUAGGAGACACAUGUAUCAGAUAGAGAUGGUGUGAUGAUCAGUUUUCACCAUUACUUUGGGUGGAUUCUCUUUUUUACUACAUAAUGACUUUUGUUUAAUGAUACACAGGCUAUGAAACGACUUCCCUGUUUAUUAAAUUGUCUUUUAAAACUAGAUUCAUUAUUAUAGUAAUUGAUCAUUAAUACAUUUGGAUAACUGUAAUGAAAUUAAUUUAUCUGCUAAUGAAAAAUAAACAUUCUACAUGAAUUUGUGCCGUCAACCUUUGUUUUUUGGGUUAUCUAUACAGAAAAUACAAUGUUAAUUUCUAAUUGACAUGUUUGUCUACUCAAAACAUGUGACUACACCUUUACACAUCACCAUGGGGACAAGCCAAUUUGCUAGCCACCAGUAAUUGCUACAAUGCACACAAAUAGAUGUUUUGCAGUAGAAAAUACUUACAUGUGUUUCUUAUUAAAUAACAGUUCAAUAAAAAUUAUAUUGUGCAAUGAAACCAAGUGUAUUCAUCAUUUUGUUGGAUUAAAAGUACUUACAAAUGUUUGAUUGUGUGCACUCGCCGUGUGAUCUUUUAUAGAACUCACCAGCAUGUGGUCCUAAAGACUGGAAAUGAGUUGAGCCAUCUCAAUGGGGAAAGAAUAUGGUUUGGGAUGAAUCCAGGAAAUAAAGUCUGAGGUUAACAC